AUGGCAGAACAAAUACUGCCAUCAUCUCGAACUUCUACAUCUUCAACAAGCAGUCAGAUUCAGAACGAGGAAACAAUUGCAUAUUACGAUAGAGAAAAUGUUGACGGUAACACAUAUACAAUCACAACAGAAUCUGCAGUUUUUACUCCUACCCAUAAAUCCAGGUUAAACUCUGCUGGUUCCGAUGGGUUUCUAAAGAUUGGGCCUAGAGAGUCGACUCAACGUCCUGCUGCCAUAGUAAAGAAAGCACGUCGACGACUAUCUGGCCAGGCUGACCAAAUAUCUUCUGAAAUGCGUCCUGUUCUCCAUCUUAUUGAUGUUUUUUCACGGAAAACCUAUAUUGAAGGUUAUUUAUGUAAGCAAGACCAAAGUUGGCGAGACGGACGUAAACCCACAACUGAAGACUGGGGUGAGUUUUACGCAGAAAUAUGUGGGUCCUCGCUCUGUUUAUGGAGGGUAUCUGAUGAUAUUGAGUCGGCAGAGAUAACUAGUCCAAAUCCUACAACCAUCAAUAUAGCAAAUUCUAGUGUGGAAAUAGUGGGAAAAGUAUCAGACAGCAUACUUUCUCGUGAUUAUGUAUUUUCGCUCGAUGGUGGCGAGGGUGAUCUGUAUUACCUUCAGACCUCAAGUUGGCUUUUACUUAAUCGAUGGGUGCUUGCAAUUCGCUUGUCAUGUUUCGAAGGAUCUAGACUGCAUGAAGUUUUCACAGCGACGUUGUUCAGGCGAUCUGGAUUCAAAGAAUUAUUAUCAGGAACCCCAUUAAUAAAAGGUAAAGUAGAGGGGUAUCUUCAAGUGCGAUUUGCAGGAACCAAAGAAUGGCAAAAAUGUUGGGUCGUCGUAUCUGAUCAUCGCGUAGAAGAAAAAAAGAAAAAAGACUUAGCAUUUGAUAGAGGGCAAGCGACUUUCUACAAAACAAAAAAGUCAAAAAAGCCUUUCAUGACAAUGGCUAAUGUCCUGCAAGCCUAUGCUAUAUACCAAGAAACUGCGUCGACGAUAGAGAAGACAACGUUGUUCCGUGUCGAGGGAAAUAUUUUCGCGACAAAAGCAUCAACGGCUGAUUCGAAGCCUAGCGAUUUUGUUCUCUUGACGGCGGAAAAUUCGAGUGAGAUGGCGAAAUGGUUGAUUGCUUUUUGUGAUAGUUUUAAAUUGUAUGGUCGACCAAAGGAAUAUUUGUAUGAUUUCAAGGAUCCAGAUUCGCCGCUUUUUGCUGUGCCAAUUGUGAAAAGUACCACUAAAUUAUUUUUAGAUGUUUCUGAAGUUGAACAUGUUGAUAUGCAACAAUCGCUGGCGGAUUUAAAAGCAGAAUUUGCUGAAAUUCUUAGGAAAUUAUAUCUUGAACAUCCUCAAGAAGUAAAUGCCGAAAAUGAAUUCGAUCAUGCGUCACAUCAACCUACUGCUCGGAGCUCACGAAAAUCAAGUGGUUCAAUACCACCGCAAAUUGUCACGAACGGGCUUUCUGAUAGUUCUUCGCGUCAAAAAGCAUUUUUUAACGAAUCAGGGUCUUCUAUACCGAGUCCAGGAUCGUCAUCAUCGACAAGAUCGGGACAGCAAUCAUCAUCUCGAUCGUCUGUACAUUCUCAAGGUAAAGGAUUGGGAUCGACAAAUUCGCCCAUAUCGUCUAAAUUUAAUUUAUUUAGAGAUAUUCCAUCUUCGCCGAGCACAUCAUCUUUAAGCAGUGAGAGAAGAGUCCCAGAACGACCUGUUGUGUCGUCAAGUCGACUCUUUGCUACUGCACAGAAGUCGGGAAAAGAGAAAAAAUCAGAAACGGAUUCGGAAGUCGAUGAUCCUACAUUACUAAAAAAUACACAAGCGAAUGCCAAAACCAGCAUAAGUGAUGACAUAAAGCUGGAUUCACUAGAAGAGGAAAAUAAUGAAACUCCUUUAGUGGAUGAACCUCUUCAAUUAGAUGAUACUUCCAUUGAAAAUUCGGGUGGUGAUCUUAUGUCAGAGAUAUUAACUGCAAUUGACGAACAUAAAGAGGAAAAACCUGCACAAUCAUCAUCAAAGAAACCAAAACCUAAAAGAACUGUGUCAUUUAAAAACCCGCCGCCUAAACCAAAACAUAAAUCUAAAAUACGAGUAUCACCUCUUCCAUCAGAUAGUGAAGAGGAGGAAGAUGAUGACGAUGUGGAUGAAAACAUAACAAAUAGUGAAGAAAGUCAGGAUGAACAAAAGGAAGAGCAAGAAGAAAUUUUCGAUGUAGCUAAAUCCUCAAAGAUAAACAAGAUAAAAUCGAGCACAUUAUAUUCAACUUCUUCCAAUUCCGGUUCUAAUUUGCCAACAUCAACCAAAAAUGUUGGCAAAGGUAAAAAAAAGAAAAAAUUCAAGGUAGCACCUAAACCAUCUGAUAGCGAAGAUGAUGAAGAAACAACACUAAAAAUAGUGCAACCUCAAUUGUCGUCGUCACGACCUAGGCCGCGCGAAUUAAAUCCACGUCAAGAUUAUGAAGAAGUUCGACCAUACUCUGGUGAUUAUCGACAAAAUUCUUCAUAUGGUUACAUGUCACCAAAAGCUCCGUACGCGGAUCGCUCACCUCAAUAUUCGCCUAAAAGUCCAAGCUAUCCAUAUUCACCUGAUCGAAAUUAUCAUCAUCCUCCAUCACCGUCUUUUCAACCAGUAGCUCGUGGACGUUCCAAAGAUGAAUAUUCAGUCCCUAAUGUAAGGGAUGACCAUGUCCCACUAGGACGUGCAUCUGUACGCAGUCAUCAGCAGGUGGCUCCAGCUUAUAAACCACCCCAAGAAACAACGUCAAGAUCGAAGGGUAAGAAACCGGUGAAAAAAGUGAGCGAAAUUGUAGAUAGUUUGGAGGAAUCAUCCGAGACUGAAGAAUUUAAUCAGGAGAGUGAAAUUGAAGAAAGUGAUGACAAUGAAUCUAAUAAAGACUUCGAUAGUGUUUCUUCUGUUGCUAAGGGAAAAACAAAAGCCACUCAUAAAGUAGAGCAAAAUGCGCCAGGAGACGAUAGUUUUGGGUUGCCGAGUGUCGCUUUGAAUAUAGACUUUGGUGCUCUGACACUGGACUCUGUAUCCGGAACAUCAUUCAAUGAUAAAGAUAAUAUUAAAGAAAAAAGCAAAGAAAAACAAAUAUCAAUUGAAAGUAAUGAAUCCUCGAAUGAAGAAUCCUCAAAUGAAUCUUCAAACUCGGAAAAUGAAGACGACGACAUGGAUUUGAUGAACAAACCGCGAAGGAUUUUUAAACCUACUAAGCGAAGUGACAAGAAAAAAAGUGUUGGUAAACCAAAAACUAGACCUCGUAAUUCCAGCGAAGGAAGUAAUAGUUCAUCUAUUUCACUCACUUCAUCUCACGAACCCCUUGUCAUGCUUGUAACAGACUCUAGUGAGGGAGCCAUACCUCCUUUUACGAGGGGUUAUGCUAAUACGCCUCCGAGGUCAGUAUCUCCGAAUAACAAACAAUAUUGGGAAAAUGAAUACGGUGAUCCUCGAGGUGUUGGUGUUGGAUAUGCUCCUGCGUUUGGGGAAAAUCGUCGAAGUUCGUUAAUGCCACCUCGCGAAUUUUAUGAAGAUGAUCGCGCUAAUGGAAUAGGAGGACGUCCUAGAUCAAUUGUCAAUCCUUCUACGGGACGAAGACGUACAAGCGGUGGCCAAGCAGAACACAUGCGCGAGCAACGUGAUUCUUAUUUUGAAGAAGAAUAUUACGAUGAACGUGACUUCCAACCACGACCAACGAGUUUAUUAGGCGCCUUAUCACAGCAGCUUUCUGCACGUGAUCAACAAUAUUUGGCUCGAGAAACAGGAGCACCGCUUAUUCAAUUGGAGGAACGACAAAAAGACCCGCAGUUUGGAUUAGUUGGUGCAAUUACUGCCCGAGAGAGACAGCGCAAAGUAGGCAGACAGAUUGAACAUGAUCGAGAACUAGCACUUGAGAAGGAACGUGAACGCCGAUUAAUGGAACAACGACAACAAUUAUUAGCGGGUGAAAGAGAAUACGCGUAUGCCAGACAAUACGGACCCCCGUCACCAAUAGGAGGGGAUCCGAGAUCAUCGACCAGAUUCUAUGGCAAUCAACAAUAUUUGGAUACUGGAAGUGGCCCCAAUUCUCGCCGAGGUUCUUAUUAUGAAAGUUAUGGGUCGGGAUCUCAUGAAGAAGACGAAGAUGAUGAUGUUCCGUUGGGAGUUGCACCUCCAUCUCCGGUGCCUCGACAAAUGCGUGGCGCUAGAGUAGGAGGAGGAUCUCGUCGGAGGGAUACCGAAUAA